GGCUAGUGCUGCACGCCUCAGAAAAUCAGUGAAGUAUAAACAUUCGGUGUUGCCUAGCUAGGGAGUGAUUGUCUGUCGGUUAGAAGAAUAUUUCAGUGUAAAAUAUUAAUAGACUAUGUGGGCAGACGUUUUAUUCUCGAAGAACCGAAAACACGCAGUAACUAGCUUUUCAGCACAAACGCUCAUCGCCUUUUUCCAAUGCCCCUGUCAAUUUAUGAUGCGCACUGUGGAGAGACAGAGCUCCUUCGUAUACCUUAUGUUUGUAGGCUACUAAUCGGUUACGCGUGAUUUAGUCAUGGCAAGGAGCGAGACCAGCCAAAUAAAUAUUUAACGUUGUUUGUAACUUCUCAUUUCUUGAGGAAUAUUACAUUUUCAUUAUCUCGAGAUUCCAAGACUGGUUCAUAUUAUAGACAAAACUGAAGAGAUUAUCAGUGCGCUAACGUUAGUUACCUGUACGCUACUGUAGCGUAAUGUAGCCUACAUAAUUGGCCGCAUUGGACGUAGCUCCUCAUGAGAUAAUCGUCCGCUGCAGCUCAAUCUGUCGACACGGAGUGAAUUGUUUUUGGGAGAGAGCCUUGCCUAAAACUGUCUAUUGAGGACAAACGUUUAUAUUGCGUGUGCAAACAUCUGAGGCGGGAUGCUAGGACAGUCUCACCACCUUAUCGGGGGGAUCCUGUGGAUUCAAAAUCCUAUGAGAGCUGUCCACUGCAACCUGAGUCACAAUGGUUUAGAUCACCAGGUGUGCACAGAGGACGUGACAUCACCCCUGGAUGAACUUCCAAUCGGUCAUGGAGUGGCCAUCGAUGAUGACAGCCCCACAUACCAGGACCAGAGGGAGCCCAUCUACCAGCAGCUGUCAGACCAGGCCAUGCAGACGGGGAACUUGAAGCUGAGCAAGCCAGUUGCCCUGUGGACGCAGCAGGACGUCUGCAAGUGGCUGAAGAAACACUGUCCCAACCAGUACCAGAUCUACAGCGACACCUUCAAACAGCAUGACAUCACAGGCCGGGCUCUGAUGCGGCUGACAGACAGGAAGAUGGAGCGGAUGGGCAUCAUGCAGGAGAGCCAGCGCCAGUACGUCUUGCAGCAGGUCCUGCAGCUCAGGGUGCGAGAGGAGGUGCGCAACCUGCAGCUGCUCACACAAGGAUCCAUGGAGGGUUCACCAUAGGCCUGAAAGUUCAAGGAAAUAAUCAGCCUCCAUGUCUGUGUCUCUCCACCCAGAAGUAAUCCAGGAAUAUGCUGACACCCCCUAAUCCCCACAUACCCAUUCUCCAGCUGCACGCAUUCACACACGGACAAACACACACACACACACACACACACACACACACACAGACACGUGCACAUGCACACAUAAACACACACACCCACUCACAGACACAUGCACACACACCCACCCACACACUCACACACACAACAGAAGACAAAAUUAACAUCAAAUGACUCCAGAAAAAAGGACAAAGAUGACUACAGCAGCCACAAACACAAUAUUUUUUAAAAUAGCGUGUGCUUGUACACUGUUAACUCUUUGAAAGUAGCACAUUUAAUGUCUCGUAACCUAUUACUGUUUAUGAAUAGCCAAGUAUCACUAAUCAGCAAUGUUCAGAUGAACAGGUGAAAAGCCGGUCACAUAUCAGGUAGAUUUGCCUUUAUUUUUUAUUUCUCUUCUGACCAGUCUGCAACAAAGGAUGUUUCAAAUUGAAAUCAAGUAGAUAAUGCAUUUUGCACUUUGAUGUUUUUUUCUUCAUAUUUUAAUGUAUUUAAUGAAGUGCAUUUUAAAAUCCUUUGCUUUUGGUUUUUUUAAUAGGAUUUAUUUUUCUUCCUUGAACGUGAGUUUGUUGUGUGUGUACAAUCUUUAAGAAAAGUUCACUGUGACUCGGACCCGAUGUCUUAAACAACCUCAACCUGAAACUGACAGUAGCUUUCCCACCUGACAUCAUGGUAUCAUGUGUGGUCUGAAACUGAGAGUAGCUUUCCCACCUGACAUCAUGGUAUCAUGUGUGGCCAGGUGUUUUCUCUGGAAGAUCUGUGAGAAAAAAUUAAAAGGAAAUAAAUGGGUGAAAAAAAAAAAACUUUAUUUGUUCUCUCACUGUAGCUACAUCAGGCAGUCACAGUAAUGUGAUUAUCUGACCUGCACUGAAUUUAGUGUUUUGCAGUGAAUCGCGAAAUCUUUUGAUUGGAUUUUACAAGGCAGUACCUGGUAGUACAUGGUAGCUCCAUCUGUUAUGUGGUUCAUUAUGCCUCACACUAUAUUGUAGAAUCUUCCAGAAAACAGUAUGAAAAGGAAUUAACUUGGGGAAUAGAUAUUUAUGUCACCAUGAUUAAAUUCAUGCAUUGUUACCAUAACUUUAGAAUCUAAAAGUUAGAAUCUCAAAAGGACAUUUUAUAUAUUGCCAAAGGCAAGUUUCUUUUUAAAUAAAUAGCUACAAGCAUAGAAUUUAUUUAUUUGCUAUCGUAAUGUUAGCUAUAUUCUCACUGUGUCUUGGGUUGCCUUACAAUGGGCAAAAUGAGUUUAAGAGCAGCAAUCUAUUAUAGCAGUAAAUAUGUUAUAUUUAUGACCCAGUCAAGGUGUAGGAGACCAAUAGUUUGCUUUGUAGCUGUCCAUCUAGCUGGGUAAUUUAGGUAGUGAGCUAACUUGUGGUUGAAUGUUAAUGUGAGAUGAGGGACGGCUACCUGCAGUAUGUCAUAGUUGUAGAACCUACAGUAGCUAGCUGAAUUGAUAAAUGAGUUUGCUUGGAAUGGGCAGUACAGAAUGUUUAGCUCCGACCGACCAAAACGGCCUACAGUGAGUCAGUCAGUGAUGAUGACAUCAAAAUGCUACGAUAAAAAAUUUUGAAAAGAGGUUACAUAGCACACAUAAAAAAGCAAAAAGUCAUUUUCAGACAAUCCUAAUAAAUUUAUGUUUUGUGUAUCAUAUAUGUGAGUGCAGAUGCUUUUAGAAUGUUUUAUUAACCUUUAGAAGUUUGGGUUACUAUUAUUUUGCUUUAGUGUUCAGCAAAGUAAAAUAAAAAGUCUUCACAUUGCUCUUAGCCAAUCCAAAUUAUAUUUUCUUUUAAAACAGAUGGAAUCCCAUAAAAACCAGAGUGGAAUAACCUGCACCCAAGUGGUCAUGGAUUUUUAUUGUUUCACACACACAACUUUGCCUUGUUUCUUCCUCACUAUUUUAGAUGUAGUUAUCAAAGCUUUGCCAGAGAACAGAGAGGAAGGUGAGAAAAAAGGGUCUCGCUUACAGCAUGUACUUACUUAAGUACAAAUCUAUGUAAGCCUGCUAUGCCAGUGUUAUUAACAUACAAAAGUAAAUACUUUAUAUGGGAGGGAUUUAAUACUAUACAUGUUGUGUAACACUACUGUAUUUACUUUGUAAGUACAUAUAAAAUUAUAUCACUAUAAUGUAAAGUAUGAUUGAAAGGGAAAAAGGUAGUGGGAUUAAGGAUUAAGGUGUAAAGUUACAAAGGCACAUACACAGCUGACAUAGCAGAUAAAAGCUGUCGUUUUGGUCAGCUUGUGGGUUUUCAAGUUUGUUUAUUCAUUUAUCUAUUUUCAUGUAAAAAUUGUCCCAGGAAUUGUGAUUACAGACUUGUCAGUAUGAACCAAGGCCCAAACUGAAAAUGUACAUUUUACUGAGAGGGACCAGAUUGCAUGUUCUCUGUGAGUUUCUAAUGUUUUCUUUGACAUGGGCAUGCACAUCAGCUCCUCUUCAGUCUGCACAAACCUUUUUGUCCAUGCCUUUAAAGGGUGCCUGUUCGUCAAUACUGCUACUGCAAAUCUGUGAAUAACCACGAUCAUAUCAAUACUGUAAUGGUACUAUAAAUAAACUGUUAGAACAAA